GGUGGAGGCGGCGGCGCGAAGGACCGGCGUCUGAGGCUGGAGCGGGACGCGUCCCCGGGGCGAGCAAGCUCGAGAGGCGCGGUGUCUGGUGUAAGCUGUAACCAUGACUACUGAAGUUGGCUCUGCAUCUGAAGUGAAGAAGGGCUCUGACCAGGCGGGAGCAGAUGCCCCCAAGGAGAAAGCUAAAGAAGUAGAAAAUGAGCAGACUCCAGUAUCUGAGCCAGAGGAAGAAAAAGAUUCCCAGCCAGGACCUACAGUUGAAAGCCAAAGCAGUCCCCACCGGCGGAAACGAGGGAAGGAUCUGUCUGAGAACAGGGGCAUCUCUCGCUUCAUACCCCCAUGGCUUAAGAAGCAGAAGUCUUACAACUUAGUAGUAGCCAAAGAUGGAGGAGAUAAAAAAGAGCCUACUCAAGCUGAUGUGGAAGACCAGAUCCUAGACAAAGAGGAUACCCUCCCUGAAGAAGAGAGUCGGGCCAAGGGGGAUGCAGAAGAGAUGGCUCAGAGGAAGCACCUGGAGGUUAAGGUGGAGGUCAGGGAAGAAAAACCAGCCCUGAAAAGCAGCACUGAGACCCAGCCUGCUGAAGAAGUGAGGAAGGACAAGGAGGAAGAAGUGAUACAGGUCACACAGGAAGAGAAACUGGAAGGAGGUCCAGCCAAAAGAGAGACGAAGGAAGUACAGACAAGUGAGCUGAAGGCAGAGGUGGCCUCUCAGAAAGCUACCAAGAAGACCAAGACUGUUCUGGCCAAAGUCACCCUCCUAGAUGGCACAGAAUACAGCUGUGACCUUGAGAAACGUGCUAAGGGACAAGUGUUGUUUGACAGAGUGUGCGAGCACCUGAACCUCUUGGAGAAGGACUACUUUGGACUUCUAUUUCAGGAACAUCCUGAGCAGAAAAACUGGCUAGAUCCUGCAAAAGAAAUAAAGAGACAGCUGAGAAACCUUCCCUGGCUGUUCACUUUUAAUGUGAAAUUUUAUCCUCCGGAUCCUUCUCAGUUGACUGAAGAUAUCACCAGAUACUUCUUGUGCCUUCAACUGAGGCAGGACAUCGCCUCUGGCCGCCUGCCCUGCUCCUUUGUGACUCACGCCCUCUUGGGAUCCUACACCCUGCAGGCUGAGCAUGGGGACUAUGACCCAGAGGAGUAUGAGAGUAUUGAUCUUGGUGACUUCCAGUUUGCCCCGGUCCACACCAAGGAGCUGGAGGAAAAGGUGGCAGAACUGCAUAAAACUCACAGGGGCUUAUCUCCAGCACAAGCUGAUUCUCAGUUCUUAGAAAACGCAAAGAGGCUUUCCAUGUACGGGGUUGACCUGCAUCAUGCCAAGGACUCAGAAGGUGUGGACAUCAAGCUGGGAGUGUGUGCUAAUGGCCUUCUCAUUUACAAAGACAGACUGAGAAUCAAUCGUUUUGCUUGGCCGAAGAUCUUGAAAAUUUCCUAUAAGCGCAGUAAUUUCUACAUUAAAGUUAGACCAGCAGAGCUGGAACAGUUUGAAAGUACCAUUGGAUUCAAAUUGCCAAACCAUCGGGCAGCUAAAAGGCUAUGGAAAGUGUGUGUGGAGCAUCACACUUUCUACAGGCUUGUGUCUCCAGAGCAGCCACCAAAGACCAAGUUCUUGACCCUGGGGUCCAAAUUCCGCUACAGCGGCCGCACACAGGCACAGACACGAGAAGCAAGCACCCUCAUAGAUAGGCCAGCACCACAGUUUGAGCGUGCCUCUAGUAAACGUGUCUCGAGGAGCCUAGAUGGAGCCCCGAUUGGUGUUGUGGAUCAAAAUCUUAUGAAGGAUUUUCCAGCCCCUCCUGGAGAGGGAUCAGUGCCUGGCCCUGGAGUUAUCAGCUAUACUACCAUCCAGGAUGGCCGGAGGGAAGGCAAAAGCCCACCAAAAGCCACACCCCUGCUCACUGUGGGAAAGAAAAAUACCUUGAGAGUAGACGGGGAUAAUAUUUAUGUCAGACAUAGCAAUUUAAUGUUGGAGGACCUGGAUAAGGCCCAGGAGGCCAUUCUGAAACAUCAGGCUAGUAUUAGUGAGCUCAAGCGCCAUUUCAUGGAGUCCACACCUGAGCCUCGCCCCAGUGAAUGGGAGAAGCGGCGUGUCACACCUCUGUCCUUCCAGACACAAGCGAGAAAAAGCCAGAAUCUUUUCAAGGAUAUUCUGACCUCGAAGUUGGAGAAGUACCUGGUGGGAGCAACACAGACAUCUGAAGAGGCAGCUCAGGCGCACAAGACUCAUCCUCCCACGUCGGAAGGGCUUUGCACUGGAACCAGGGACGCUGUUAAGAGUUCACAUGAGACUCUGAGUGUAGUAGAGGAGAAGAAGCAGGCAGAGGUGGGGAAAGACGGAAGCGUAAUCACAGAAGAAGUGAAUGGUAAAGAGAUCUCACCGGGGAGUGGUCCUGGGGAGACUCGUAAGGUGGAGCCGGUGGCACACAAAGACUCCACCUCCCUGUCUUCUGAGAGCAGCAGCAGCAGCGAAAGCGAGGAGGAUAUGGGCGAGUACCAGCCCCACCACCGAGUGACCGAGGGCACCAUAAGGGAAGAGCAGGAGUGUGAUGAAGAGCUGGAGGAAGAGACCGGCCCAGGAGCCAAGGUAGUAGAGAGGGAGGCAGCAAUGCCCGAAGCCAUCCCAGACAGACAAGCAGGGACCGCUGUGCUCCCAGUAGAAACAGAGGCCCAGGAAAAUGUAGUUGCCCAAAAGUUACCGGGAGAGAAGGGUGCACACGGAGGCACUGCUGAGCAAGACAUGAGAGAAGAAGCAGAGGACGACCAGCACAAAGUUAAUGGAGAGGUGCCCCAUCUUGACAUUGAUGGUUUACCAGAGAUUAUUUGUUGUUCAGAGCCACCAGUGGUAAAAACAGAGAUGGUAACAAUUUCUGAUGCCUCACAAAGGACAGAAAUCUCCACCAAGGAAGUCCCCAUUGUUCAAACCGAGACCAAAACCAUCACAUAUGAGUCUCCACAGAUUGACGGCGGGGCUGGUGGUGAUUCGGGCGUGUUACUGACCGCACAAACCAUCACAUCUGAGUCCGCGUCAACAACGACAACCACACACAUCACCAAGACUGUGAAAGGCGGGAUCUCUGAAACACGGAUUGAGAAACGCAUUGUGAUCACAGGAGAUGCAGCUCUGGAUCAUGAUCAGGCACUGGCACAGGCCAUACGGGAAGCCAGAGAGCAGCACCCUGAUAUGUCGGUCACAAGGGUGGUAGUGCACAAAGAAACAGAGUUGGCAGAGGAAGGAGAAGAAUAAGAAAGUCUUUUUUAAACAACAUUUAACUUCGUGAAUCUGAAGAACUUUGACCAUUCCAAGUCUUAACGCCCCGCCACCACUGCAGCAAAACUGUGCUCCAACUGGUGACAAUGACCAGAAGCCUGAAGAAUUAAAAUGCCAACAGCAAACCGUACCUUACCAGCUCUGGUCUCUACUAUUCCCACACAUUUCUAAUACAUUAUCUGUUGUGUAACCACUUUUAGACACCCCGGCUCCCCUUGGCUUUCCUUCCCUCCUGUCCUCUUUUUUAAAAAUGCUUUGUUUUUUAUUAGGGUUUGUGUUUCCUUUCUCUACCUGCUUUUUUGACUCAUUUGCUCAGAUGACAGUGAGCAAAGCCAGCCGGGCUGGUGAGGUGCUGUUCACUUGAACAGGUGCUGUUAUGUGGAAAGGAGACUGUGACUAAUUUAGAUAGCAAUUUUCAUUCUUCAAGAUUGUCUCCAUGCAAUUCUUAGAGUCAAUAUAUACAGCUUUCAGACUGCAGUAGGGAUACUGCGUGAGAACAUAUUAAUGCCAGUUAAAAGCAUUUCUUACAUCUUGAAAUUUUUCUAAUAUUAGGGAGUUUUGCUAUGGAUGAUUUUUAUAUUGACCUUUGACCUUCCAGUCCUGUGACUUUGCACUUCAGUAGAGUCAGAGACUCUCUGGACUGGAGAAUUACCAAGCUCACUGACCAGGUACUGUGUUGAGAGACCAUCGGCCCACGGUGCAGUACUUCUCAGACAUGCGCUUUGCCACAGCAUUCCAGAACAGGAGGAGAACCACACCAUGUGCCCUUCCCUUUUACUACUAAAAGAAAACCAGGCAGCUUCAAGCCUGAGAGAUUCCUUUGUUAACCUCCCCAAUUCCAGUUCUUGCCAUUGUCUGAACACUUGAGUAGAACACUUGCUUUGCAUGUAAACUGACCCUUUGCUACUGAGCAGGUAUAUCUCUGACGUAGUUUGAUGACUUGAGCUUUGAAGAUCCUGGGGAAAGAGUUCGGGGGACAGUGGUGGGUUUGGUUGGUUGUAAGAAAGCUAUUCCAUGUAAAGCUAACACCAGAGAGCUGGUAGGGGUUUAUUAACUGUAUUGAACAUUUUUCUCAUUUGCUUUUGACUCUAUGUAUAGUUAUGACGCCAGAUUAGAUUUAUUGCAGCUUCAAGUUGUAUUAAAUAUUUUGCUUUAUGUAAUACUGUUAUAAAAUAAAAGUUUGUUUAUUCUA